CUCUCGCUCGAUCGCUAUUGCGGUUUGCCGCACACGUGCCGAGAUUUUGUGAUAUUUUAUACUUCAAUAUUUUAUUUUACAGCAUUUUGCAGAACUACAGUAACAGCGCCCUUCGGAGUCUUUUAUAUUAACAAACCAAAAAUCAGCAGUAGAUUCCAGCUCUAGCAAUCAGUGUUAAUGGCAAUGGUGUCUGAAGCUAAGGUGAAUGGCGGCGAGGCGGAGACUCCCACCGAGCUGCCGCCCGCGCUCGCCGAGAAGCCCGCGGGGCUCCCGCCCGGCAAGUACUCGCUCGUCGGCUGGGACAUGGACACUACUGGACGGAGGCUCAUUGAUGAGAUCUGCCAAAUCGCAGCAUACACUCCGAAGCAGCAGUACUCUCAGUACAUCAUGCCCUACGGAGACCUGAACCCGGGAGCCCGGCGCCGCCACAACGUGCGAGUGGUCACCGUCGGCCGCUACCGCAUGCUCAAGGACACCAACACCCACAAGAUAUUGAAGACAAAGUCGGAGAUAUCAGCGCUAACAGACUUCCUGGACUGGCUGGAGAAGGAGAAGGGAGACGGCAGCGUCAUCCUCAUCUACCACGAGCCCCGUCGCCUCAGCCCCACCAUGCUUCUUGAAGCGCUCACCAGGUACAAGCUCUUGGACCGCUUCAAGUCCAUCGUGGCCGGGUUCGCGGACAGUUACGCGCUGGCGGCCGACAAGUGCAAGGCGACUGUCAAAUCAGUAUCGCUCCGGGUGCUGGCGCGCGUACUUCUCGACGCCGACUCACUGGCUGUGGACUCCGCGCUCGACCGCGCCGCUGCCGCGUACCGCAUCGUGGAGCAUCUCGCACAAGGCGAGCAACAAGAAGUGGGCGCGGGCGGCGAGGGCACGCUGCGCGACAUGGUGGAGACGGCGCGCGCGUGGGCGCGGCCCGUGCACACCGAGCUGGCCGCGCUCGCCAGCCUCAAGCUGCUGCUCGAGCGCCAGAACACCUUCCGGCCCGUGUUCGCGCCGCUGCUGCGCUCCGCGCGCCCCGAGCGCAAGCGCGUCACGCAGCUGCGUCGUCUGCUCGCCGACGCCGGCCUGCUCUACGCCGACCUCUCCUCCGCCUGGACCGACGACAAGCUCGCAGGUCUAGAGAAGCAAAUGGCGGCACUCGCGGUAACGGCGAAGGAGGAAGACAUCAAGGAGCUGAUAGAGAUAUUCGACUGCCACUUCGACCCCGCGAAGGAGCCUAAGGGACCCAAGCCGCGCACCCCAAGGAAUAGGGUCCGGGGCACCAGCGCUGGCGAAGCUGGCGAGGGCGAGGGCUCGGGCAGCACCAGCGAGUCGCAGGCCAGCUCGCCGCACGACUCGCCCGCCAAGACCAACAACGACGUCUCAGCAGGCGACUCGUCGCGACAGCCCGAGGCGGUGGCGGCGAACUAGUCGCAGCUCGCGCCGCUGGCACCGGAACAGAGCCAUAGGGAUGUGACAAAAACAUUUAUUCGUAUUACACACUAGGUUAAGACUUGGAAUUGAACGGCAUUUGUUUUGCAUGUGGCGGUGAACGAAUUCACAUUUUUUUGUUUUUAUUUUGUUUCAACAAACUCUUUUUGUUUCUUGCGCAUGACGUUCUUAUAUUAUAAAUAGAUGUUUAACGUGUAGAUGAGUGCCUUAGCAACUCAGUGUAUUAAGAUAUAACGUUUUGUAUAUCCACAUAUAUUUUUGUCUAAAGCCGUGAGCGACGUUUUGUUGAGUUGCAUAGUGUGAUAUUACAGCUCUGGCCCCGCGCCGUAUUUGAUAUCACAGUGUUAAGGGCUUGAGGAUGAUAAGUUAAAAUGGGGCUUGGAACGAGCAUUUAAAAAGUACAAGUUGUCGUACUUUAUUUAUUUCAGAGUUACUUCUUAUUUAUUCGAGUGCAAUCACUGUAACGGAUGGACUGAUUUUUUUACAUCCGAGAUUUUAAAGAAAAGUUUAUUUAUUUUUUUCUCGAUUCCUACGCAUCGUAAGUUUUUAGGAUUGCAUUACCGACGGCAGUAGACGUUCACAUUUUGUUUGCCAUAAAUAACUUUCUAAUAAGGAUUUAGUUCUCCAUCCAGUGAAGCUACGUAAAGCAGUGUGUACCUAUUAACUUACCUCUAAUUUAGUUAGCUUUAACAUAGACUGUACAUAUUAUUUAAUUUCUUAUUUUGUUCAGAUCUCUAAUAAAUAUGUAAGUCUA